GGGGUCAAUUGCACCUUUGUUGGAGCUGAUUUCACGAAGGAAUCUGAGGUAGCCAAAUUAUGUAAAGAAAUAUCGCGCAUAUAUCCGCAUGGUAUCGACGCCCUCGUCAAUAAUGCGGGAGUCCAGCAUGUGGCGCCCCUAGAAGAUUUUCCGGUGGAUAUAUGGCAUAAAAUGGUGGCAAUCCAUCUGACGUCAUCGUUCCUUCUAAUACGUCACUUCAUUCCUUUCAUGAAGAAAAAGGGCUGGGGUCGUAUUGUCAACAUUUCGUCAAUCAACGGACUUAUUGCCAUGCCUGGAAAAGCACCAUAUUGCUUCAUGAAGCACGCACUAAUUGGACUUACUAAGGCCGUAGCUUUGGAGACGGCCGAGAACGGUAUUACGUGUAACGCAGUUUGCCCUGCGUACGUCGAAACUGAACUUGUGAUGAAACAGAUUCGAGACAGGGCAAAUCAGAAUAACAUUUCCUACGAAGAGAUGCGAGUGGCGGCACUAGUCGGAUUCCUAUGUAGUGACGAGGCUGGGAGCGUUACCGGUUGUGCCAUUCCCGUCGACGCAGGCUAUACGGCCAGAUAACGAAAUGACGAUGACACAGUAGUUAUAAAAAAUGCUUCGUUUAAAUUAAAACUGCAAGAUAAGGGAGACUUCUGUUUAAGCAACGGAUUGAUAUAAACGAACGUAUAUCGUUGAUUUGUGCAUUCGGAAUUAACUAAGUGAUAUGUGUUUAUGUGAAUUUUAAUAUAAAGUAAAAAGUAAAACAAAAUGGCUACGCGUCAGGCUGAUGUGAUAUAAGCGGACUGCUGAAACCUAGGCAAAGAAAUAUGUUGUAUUGUUCAUCUUCUAUAAUCAAUAUAAUGCUUAA